AUGCUCAAGACACCUGGCACCGCGACCCGUAAUGGUCGCCUGCGGGUGUUCACGCAUGUGACGACGCUGUGCCGACCGAUUGCGGUGUCUCACGCCUGCCUCUUCCAUCUCGCCCGACCGUCUGCCUUUCUCGUCGACCUUUCUCGUCUGGCCCCUUCCGAACGGCUCUUCCGUCUCUCCUGUAGCACAGCGACCCGUAAUGGUCGCCUGCGGGUGCCCACGCACGUGGCGGCACGCAGCAACGACGAUGUGCCGACCGAUCGCGGUCUCUCCCGUCUGGCCUCUUCCGUCUCUCUCGACCGUCUGCACUCGAUGGCAGACCAGCCAACCACUCUGUUUCCUUUCUUUCUCUCUCCUUUUUCUUUUCUUUUUCAUAUAUUUUUCCAAUCUUUCAUUUUUUCUCUUUUUCAUUCUUUCUUCCUUCCUUCCUUCAUUGAUUCACUCAUUGCUCCCACCCAUCUUUCAUUCAUUCACUCAUUUCUUUCUUUCUUUCUUUCUUUCUUUCUUUCUUUCUUUCUUUCAUCCAUUCCUUUUGAUUCCUUCUUCCUUUUAUUCCUUCCUUCCUCCCUUUCUUCCUUCCUUCCUUCCUUCAUUCAUUCAUUCACUCAUUUCUUUCUUCCAUCCUUCCUGCCUUCAUUGGUUCAUUCAUUUCUUCUUCUUUCCUUUCUUCCUUCCUUCCUUCCUUCCUUCCUUCCUUCAUUCAUUCAUUCAUUUCUUCUUUUAUUCUUCUUUCUUCAUUCCUUCUUUCCUCCAUUCAUUCAUUCACUUAUUGCUUUCUCUUUUCCAUCCUUCAUUCAUUCCUUCCUUCCUUCCUUCCUUGCUUUGCCCUUCUUCCAUUCAUUCCUUCGUCCCUCCCUUCCUCCAUUCAUUCACUCAUGUCUUUCUUUCUUUCUUUCUUUCUUUCUCUCUUUCUUUCUUUCUUCGUUCAUUCAUUGCUUCCUUCCUCCCUUCCUUCAUUCAUUCUCUCAUGUCUUCUUUUCUUUUUUCCCUUCCUUCAUUCAUUCAUUCAUUCACUCAUUACUUCCUUUCUUCCUUCCUUCAUUCGUUCCUGAUUCCUUCUUCCUUUUAUUCCUUCCUUCCUCCCUUUCUUCCUUCCUUCCUUCCUUCAUUCAUUCAUUCAUUCAUUCACUCAUUUCUUUCUAUCAUCCUUCCUGUCUUCAUUCGUUCAUUCAUUUCUUCUUCUUUCCUUUCUUCCUUCAUUCAUUCAUUCAUUCACUCAUUACUUCCUUUCUUUCGCCAUGCCUUCAUUUGUUCACUCAUUGCUUCCUUCCAACAUUCAUUCAUUUCUUUCUUCCUUCGUUCUUUCCUUUGUUCCUUUCUUCCCCGCGUUAUCAUUCUUCAUUAUUAUUAUUCUUCCUUUCUCUUCUUUCUCACUUUCUUUUCCUUCCUUCCUUCCUUCCUUCCUUCCUUCCUUCCUUCCUUCCUUCCUUUUACUUCCGUUUCUCUUACAACCUCUGA